UUAAUGGCAUAAUCGAUUAUUACUUAUUAUCAUCGCUUCAUCAACACAACAUAGUCGGCCACGCUGUGAAAAAAAUUAUAAAUUGAAAAAAGUUGCAUUUAACUUACAAAUCAAUUGAAAAACAGUUUCUUUUUUCAAACGUCAUAGAUACCGAUAAAGGGCGUUUUCCCCAUCAAAUAAUUCAACAUGGCCGAGGACUUUGAUGUGGAAGCAAUGCUGGAGGCACCGUACCAAAAAAAUAACGUCAGUGCGGGCAGCGCUGGACGGGGACGCAGGCGCAGCGGUGACAGUGAGAGCGUUGGUCAUGAUGACGUUGAUGAGGAUGAGCGUUACACUGAAAAUGGAAUACGUUCUUCGAACGGCAAUAAAAAGCGUAGCCACCGCUCACGCAGUCGCAGUGGAUCACGUGGUGCCAGACACAGACGCUCUAAGGAUCGGGAGCGUGAAAAAGAUCGCGCUAGUGAUCGUAGCAGUUAUCGCGAAAAAGAUAGAGAUCGUGAUCGUGAUCAACGUGAUAAUCGCUAUCGCGAUGGCAAAAGAAGCAGCCGAUCACGUGAAGAACGUUCUAAUGAUGAGAGACGUGUUGGCGGCAGUGGUCGCAAUGAGCGUCGCUCUCGUGAUCGUCGAGGUAGCAGUAAAACAAUACAACGCGAUAACGAACGCAAGCGCAGUCGCUCUCGCGAUAGACGUCGUCGUAGCCGAUCUCGCGAGCAGCAGCGUAAACGAAUGAGUCCGAUUCGCGAACGUCGGCGAAGCCAUUCAAGGUCCAGAGAUAGAAACAGUCGCCGCCGAACCAGCUACUCACCUCGCCCAUACGGUGGACGUGGUCGUGGAGCAGGAAGCGGUGGUGUCGGAGGCAGAUCCCCACCGAAUGGUGUUGGGGAUCGCACACCACCCACUGAGCUGAGCCCUGAGGAGCGCGAUGCACGCACCGUGUUCUGCAUACAGCUAUCGCAACGUGUGCGCGCCCGAGAUCUGGAGGAAUUCUUUUCUAGCGUUGGCAAAGUGCGCGAUGUUCGCCUGAUAACAUGCAACAAAACCAAGCGCUUCAAAGGGAUUGCAUACAUUGAGUUCGAAGAUCCAGAGUCGGUGGCUUUGGCUCUUGGUUUGUCCGGCCAACGAUUGCUUGGUGUGCCCAUAAUGGUGCAGCACACACAAGCGGAAAAGAAUCGAUUACAGAGUGCGCCGCCCCCAUUUCAGCCAAAAGCUCACACCGGACCCAUGCGGCUAUACGUUGGCUCGCUGCACUUCAACAUCACAGAGGACAUGUUGCGUGGUAUAUUCGAGCCAUUUGGCAAAAUUGAUGUAAUUCAACUGAUUAUGGAUACUGAGACAGGUCGUUCCAAGGGUUACGGCUUCAUAACGUAUCAUAAUGCAGACGAUGCUAAGAAGGCUUUGGAGCAGCUAAAUGGUUUUGAACUGGCCGGCCGCCCAAUGAAGGUGGGCAAUGUAACAGAGCGCUUGGACAUGAAUACCAGCUCAUUGGACACCGAUGAGAUGGACCGUAGUGGCAUAGAUCUUGGAGCAACGGGAAGACUACAGCUUAUGUUUAAGUUGGCUGAGGGUGCUGGUUUGGCUGUGCCACAGGCAGCAGCUAAUGCCUUGCUAGCGACUGCUCCACAGCCAGCGCCAGUGCAACAACAGCAGCAGGCCCCGUCUAUUGCAACUCAAUGCUUUAUACUGUCCAAUAUGUUUGAUCCGCGUACCGAAACAAAUCCUACGUGGGAUACGGAAGUACGUGACGAUGUCCUAGAUGAAUGCGCCAAACACGGAGGUGUUCUUCACAUUCAUGUAGAUGCUGUUUCACCUACAGGCACUGUAUAUGUUAAAUGUCCAAGCACAACAACAGCUGUGUUGGCAGUGAAUUCGCUUCAUGGACGCUGGUUUGCCGGACGCGUAAUUACGGCGGCAUAUGUGCCCUUAAUCAAUUAUCACUCAAUGUUUCCGGAUGCAAUCAGCGCUGUCGAUUUGAUUGCAUCAACGCGCAAAAAUGCUGACGAUUAAUAAUACAGCAAGGGACAGACGGAAUUAAAUUGAAGAUGAGCAGAAGCGUCAACAACCAUCCAGCCAGCUACAAUACAAUACAUUGUUUUUAUUCGUUAAACACAUUUUGUCAUUUUUAAAUUUUUUAAGAAGACUUAUCAAUUUGUAUAUUGAUUCGCAAAGCUAUAAUACGAAUAUAAUUAUGUUACCAAUACGCAGCAUAUAAUUAGGCAUUCCUAACACGCCAAAAAUUCAAUUUGGAUUUUCAUUCAGACCUCCUCAUGUCUAGAAAUAAUAAUCUUUUCAAUUUAAAUUUUUAAUUUUUCAAAGCAUAAUUUAGCGCUACAUAUGUACAAGUGUAUAAUGUAAAGAUACGAAAAACAAACAUUUUGUAGUCAGCAAAAAAUACAAGAGUAAAAAUAUA